CGGUUCAGCAUCUGGACCCGGACCAGGUUAAAGUCAGGAUGGUAGAUUUACAGAAAAGGACGCUGUCGCGGUUUAAGUUUUGUGAAUAUCGACUGAAUGAUUGUGUACGACACGUUCAAUAAAGUGUUAUUUCUACACAUUAACUAUUUUUUAAGCGGCUUUGGCUGGUGUCUUAGCCGCUGUCUCUGGUUUCAUCCUCCGCCUUUGUCCUCAUGUUUUCCCCCGGAGUUCCUCCCCCUGCGGCGCUGGGCGGAGUUUCAUACCGGACUAGACGCUCCUUUUGUCGGAUUCGUUUCGACCUGACUCCCCGGGGUUUACGGCUGAAAAAAACACACUUUGAAACUCCCGAAAUAAUCCAAACGACCACAGUGGUGUGCAGUUAUAACCCGGGUUUCUGUGUGAACCAGAAGAGGAGGGAGGGGAGUCAACUCCCUCAGGUGCUGCAUGAUGAACGGCAGCAGCAGCGUCUCCGCGGCUCAGAGUGCCAGGAUCAAAAGUGAACCAGAUAACUGGAGUAAGGAGGACUGUCUGACUCUGUUGGAGAGGAUUCGCAGCCUGCUGCCGGACGGAGACGCCAUGAAAUAUAAAACCACAGAGUCUCACUUCGACUGGGAGAAAGUUUGCUUCGGCAGCUUCACCGGAGACAUGUGCCGCCAGAAAUGGCAGAAAGUCUCAACCGAGGUUCGUAAGUACAGAACAAUGACAGAGCUCAUCGUGGACGCCAUCGAGUUCGUGAAGAACCCGUACAAAGGCAAGAAACUGAAGACUCACCCAGAUUUCCCUAAGAAACCUCUGACUCCGUACUUUCGCUUCUUCAUGGAGAAACGAGCCAAAUAUGCUAAAAUCCACCCGGAGAUGAGCAACCUGGACCUGACCAAGAUCCUGUCCAAGAAGUACAAGGAGCUUCCCGACAAAAAGAAGCAAAAAUACAUCACAGAGUUUCAACGAGAGAAAGAGGAAUUUGAGAAGAACAUGGCUCGAUUCAAGGAGGACCACCCAGAGCUGAUUGAGGAGAGGAAGAAGUCGGACUUGCCAGAGAAACCAAAAACUCCCCAACAGCUGUGGUACAACCACGAGAAGAAGACCUACAUGAAGCUCCACCCAGAGGUGAGUCAGAAGGAGUUGAAGGAGGCUCUGAGGAGACAGUGGUCCCAACUGUCUGACAAGAGGAGACUGAAGUGGAUCAGCAAGGCCCUGGAGCUCCAGAAGGACUAUGAGGACAGUAUGAGAGCGUAUCAUGAAGCUCAUCCAGAUGUGAACUCAGAUGAUCACGUCCGGUCCGUCCUCACCAAAGCAGAGCGGCAGCUGAAAGACAAGUUUGACGGACGGCCGACAAAACCACCACCUAACGGGUACUCUCUGUACUGCGCCGAGCUGAUGGUGAACAUGAAGGAUGUGCCCAGCACCGAGCGGAUGGUUCUCUGCAGUAAACAGUGGAAAAUGAUGACGCAAAAAGAGAAGGACAUGUUUCAGAAACGCUGCGAGCAGAAAAAGAAGCAGUACGACAUCGACCUGCAGAGGUUUCUAGAGAGUCUUCCGGAGGAGGAACGAGACCGAGUCCUGACCGAGGAAAAACUGGGUGGGGCACGACUGGGAGCCGGCGUGGCCUCCAGCCCGCACAGAGCCAAGUCUCCAUCGGUCAAGGAGCGGUGUCGGGAGGCGGAGCCAGAGCCAUGGGUACCUGCCGGACCGCCAAAAGAAAGACGGGAUGGGAAGAAGACGGCGAAGCUUCCAGAGACGCCAAAAACAGCUGAGGAGAUGUGGCAACACAGCGUGAUCGGAGACUAUCUGGCUAAAUACAGAAGUGACCGCAGGAAGGCCCAGACGGGGAUGGAGGCGGCCUGGAAGUCAAUGGAGAAGAAGGAGAAGAUUCCUUGGAUCAAGAAGGCGGCGGAGGACCAGAAGCGUUACGAGGUUCAGUACCAACCUGUGAGGGAGCUGUUGGAGAUGAGGGCUCCACCGGCAGGACAGGGUCAGAGGAAACCCAAGUUUGAUGGAGAACCAAAGAAACCUCCAGUGAGCGGGUAUCAGAUGUUCUCCCAGGAGCUGCUGACCAAUGGCGAACUGAACCACUUCAGUCUGAAGGAGCGGAUGGUGGAGAUCGGGAAGAGGUGGCACAAGCUGAGCCAGAGUCAGAAAGACAAGUACAAGAAGCUGGUGGAGGAGCAGCAGGUGGAGUACAAGGCCGAGCUGGAGGCCUGGGUCAAGUCUCUGUCUCCUCAGGAUCGAGCCGUCUAUAAAGAGUUUUCCUCCUCGAAACGUCGCAGCACCACUAAAGCUCGCAGCAGUCCCGGAGCCAAAGUCCGCGUGACGGCGAAGGGGAAGGCUGUAGGUUCGAGAGCCGCAACGCCGGGGGUCGGGGUGGGCAAGAGAGCCAUGGCGUACCGGGCCAAGCAGGACAUGUCUGACACGGACGAGGAGGAGGAGAAAAGCGACUCGUCCGACUCCGAUGAGGAUGAUGAGACAUCGGGAACCACAGACAGCGACGAUGACGAUGACGAGAACGACGACGAUGAUGAUGAGGAUGAUGAAGAUCAAACCUCCUCCGAGGAAUCCAGUGACUCAGACUCAGACUAGCUCCGCCCCGUCCCCCUCAUUGGAGAGGACAGGCUGUGCAGGCCACGCCUCCUCAUGUGCCAAUCAUCCCGGCGGACCAAUGAGACAGUGACGUCAAACUGCUGUCGCAAGGGGCGGAGCCUGAUGGAGCGUUUUGUUACUUCUGUUUGUUUCUGUUUUUUAUCGAGUUUGUUGGUUUUUAUCUGACGGACGUUUCAGACGGGCGGAGACAGGCUGAGGUGUUUUUUUUU